CUUGAGCUCCGUUCGCUUCAACUCUCUCUCUCUCUCUGCUUUCCCCGCUGCUCUCAUCACUCACUCCUCACAGAGCAACAGAUAAAAGCUCAAAAACUAGGGUUUUUUCGAUCAACCCUAUGCGAAUUUACCUUGUUUUUCACUCCAUUUCCAUCUGAAGCUUAUCGAGUUGAGCUCAUCGCCUAGCAAUGAUCAACUGAUUCGGCGUUGAUCGCCGGAGUCCCUAGCUCCUUGUGUUCGAUCCAUUUUUCCUUUUUGUUUUUUAUUUCUAGUAUAUUGUACCUAUGGCUCUGCAUUCAGCUGCUCUGUGCUUCGGUAGCGUGUCUGCGGACAAUCGAACUCCUUUGUGGCAUCGGCUCUCGGGUUCGGCUGGUCUCCGGCGUUGUGGACUCAUGGUCUCUGCGUUUUCUUCCUCGCCUCUCACUUCGCGGGCCCGAUUUCAUCUUAGAGUUAAAGCAAUGCCAAGUGAAGAUGGAGCACGUCAAACUAAUGAAUCUUCACUAGUGGUUUGCUUUGGCGAAAUGCUAAUUGAUUUUGUUCCAACCAUAAGUGGGCUCUCAUUGGCCAAUGCACCCGCAUUUAAGAAAGCUCCAGGAGGUGCACCUGCUAAUGUUGCUGUUGGUAUUGCUCGUCUUGGUGGUUCAUCUGCCUUCAUGGGAAAGGUGGGGGAAGAUGAAUUUGGAUACAUGCUUGCAGAUAUUUUGAAGGAGAAUAAUGUAAACAAUGAAGGGAUGUGCUUUGACCCUGGUGCCCGAACUGCUUUAGCAUUUGUGACACUGAGAAGUGAUGGGGAACGUGAGUUCAUGUUUUACCGGAAUCCUAGUGCUGAUAUGCUGCUUCAAGAAUCUGAACUUGAUUAUGAUUUAAUUAAGAAGGCAAAAAUUUUCCAUUAUGGUUCCAUAAGUUUGAUUACUGAACCUUGCAAGUCAGCCCAUAUUGCUGCUGCAAAAGCUGCAAAGGAUGCUGGUGUGAUUUUGUCUUAUGACCCCAAUCUGAGGCUUCCAUUGUGGCCAUCUGUAGAGAAAGCCAGAGAAGGAAUUUUGAGCAUAUGGGAGAUCGCUGAUAUUAUUAAGAUAAGUGAAGAAGAGAUAUCCUUUCUAACAGAAGGAGAGGAUCCAUAUGAUGAUGCUGUUGUUCGUAAAUUGUAUCAUCCAAAUCUUAAAUUGCUCCUUGUAACUGAAGGCCCAGAUGGGUGCAGGUACUACACCAAGGAGUGCAGCGGCAGAGUUAAGGGUCUGAAUGUGGACGCUGUAGACACCACUGGUGCUGGAGAUGCUUUUGUAGCUGGAAUAUUAUCACAACUAGCUGCUGAUGUAUCAUUGUUAGAGGAUGAGAAUCGGCUUAGAGAUGCUCUGAGGUUUGCCAAUGCUUGCGGUGCGUUGACGGUCCAGGAGAGAGGGGCGAUCCCAGCUUUGCCUACCAGAGAAGCUGUGCUCAAUGCCCUGCUUGAGUCGGUGGCCUAAGUUUCAAUUCAUCACCCUGUAAUUAUUUGAUACUAUUCGAGCUUCGCUAAUUUUUUCUUGCAAUAAUGAUGAUGUUGUGCAGACUAUAUGGUUUAGUUUAGUCCUAUACAUGUGCUAAUUCACCAUGUGUGUUUGAGGCCUCUGAGAACCUAUUCAGAAUAAUAUGGUUCCUGCACAGUUAGUUCCUUGAUCAACCUAUUGUAGACAUAAGUUCUAGUGAUACAGCUUGGUUGUACCCUUUAAUUUUGAUAUUCGGACUUUCAUCUUGUUGCAUUUAAUCCCAACGUCAGAAUAUACGGUGUGGGCACAUUGGUUGUGACAA